AGGGCGGGCCGGGACGCGCGGAGGCGGUGGCGGAGCCUCCUCCUGCUGCUGCUGCGCCCCAUCCCCCCGCGGCCGGCCGGUUCCAGCCCGCACCCCGCGUCUGUGCCCGCGCCCCCUUCCCCGGGCCCCGCCAUGGGCCUCACCGUGUCCGCGCUCUUUUCGCGGAUCUUCGGGAAGAAGCAGAUGCGGAUCCUCAUGGUUGGCUUGGAUGCAGCUGGUAAGACCACAAUCCUGUACAAACUGAAGUUGGGGGAGAUUGUCACCACCAUCCCCACCAUAGGCUUCAAUGUGGAAACAGUGGAAUACAAGAACAUUUGUUUCACAGUCUGGGACGUGGGAGGCCAGGACAAGAUUCGGCCCCUGUGGCGGCACUACUUCCAGAACACUCAGGGCCUCAUCUUCGUGGUGGACAGUAAUGACCGAGAGCGGGUCCAGGAAUCUGCUGAUGAACUCCAGAAGAUGCUGCAGGAGGAUGAGCUGCGGGAUGCAGUGCUGCUAGUGUUUGCCAACAAACAGGACAUGCCCAACGCCAUGCCCGUGAGUGAGCUGACGGACAAGCUGGGGCUGCAGCACUUGCGAGGGCGCACGUGGUAUGUUCAGGCCACCUGUGCCACCCAAGGCACAGGCCUGUACGACGGGCUGGACUGGCUGUCCCACGAGCUGUCGAAGCGCUAACCAACCAGGGGCCGGCCCCUGCUGCCCAGAAGCUCCCGCGUGCGUCCCGGGAUGACCAGACUCCCGGACUCCUCAGGCAGUGCCCCUCACUCCCACUCCUCCCCCACAGACAUGGCCUCUGCUCCUGCUCCCACCUGCAUGUUCCCUGUUGUUGGAGCCUGGAGCCUCCUCGCUGGGCACGGAGGGGUCUGCCCUCCUGCCUGCUGGGACCUGUAGAGGGGAUUCCAGGACCAAGGCCCCUUCUUCCAGAGGAGGAGCAGGGAUCUGGGUUUAUUUUUUGUUUUUUUCCAUUUUGGGGGGGGUACCCUUAGGGCCAGGUGGGGGAGGAGGGAGGGCUCUGGGUGGUGCUAUGAUGUGGCACUGGAUAUUGAGUAAUAAAUUUGCUGUGGUUUG